AUUUCUGUUAGAGCAGCACUAGAUGGCCAAGACACUCGCCUUCUCCUUCGCAGACGUGCCCACACCCCGGGGGACCGAGCAGACGGACCCCGAGCCCACUCGGAUGCAGAUGCCGCAGGGGAACCCGCUGCUGCUCUCGUACACCCUGCAGGAACUGCUGGCCCGUGACACUGUGCAGGUGGAGCUCAUCCCGGAGAAGAAGGGUCUCUUCUUGAAACAUGUGGAGUAUGAGGUUUCCAGCCAGCGUUUCCAGUCCUCUGUGUAUAGACGGUACAAUGACUUUGUGGUCUUCCACGAGAUGCUACUGCACAAGUUUCCGUAUCGCAUGGUGCCAGCCCUUCCACCCAAGAGGAUGCUUGGAGCCGACAGAGAGUUCAUUGAAGCCAGGAGGAGGGCGUUGAAGCGCUUCAUCAACCUGGUGGCCCGGCACCCCCCCUUUUCCGAGGACGUGGUCCUGAAGCUGUUUCUCUCCUUCAGCGGUUCUGAUGUGCAGAACAGGUUAAAGGAGUCAGCCCAGUGUGUCGGCGAUGAGUUCCUGCACUGCAAACUGGCCACUCGAGCCAAGGACUUCCUCCCAGCCGACAUCCAGGUCCAGUUUGCAGCAAGCCGAGAACUGAUUCGAAACAUCUACAACAGCUUCUACAAGCUCCGGGACCGGGCCGAGCGAAUUGCUUCCAGGGCCAUUGACAAUGCUGCUGACCUUCUCAUAUUUGGGAAGGAGUUAAGUGCUCUAGGGUCCGACACGACCCCACUCCCCUCCUGGGCUGCUCUGAGCAGCAGCACGUGGGGGUCCCUGAAGCAGGCGCUAAAAGGCCUGUCUGUGGAAUUUGCACUGCUGGCUGACAAGGCCGCACAACAGGGUAAACAGGAGGAGAGUGAUGUGGUGGAGAAGUUGAACCUCUUCCUGGAUCUGCUCCAGUCCUACAAGGACCUGUGUGAGCGGCACGAGAAGGGCGUGCUGCACAAGCACCAGCGGGCACUGCACAAGUACAGUUUGAUGAAGCGGCAGAUGAUGAGUGCCGCGCACAGCCGGGAGCCUGAGUCUGUGGAGCAGCUGGAGUCCCGCAUCGUGGAGCAAGAGAACGCCAUCCAGACAAUGGAGCUGCGCAACCACUUCUCCCUGUACUGCCUGCACCAGGAGACGCAGCUUGUGCAUGCCUAUCUGCCGCUCACCUCCCACAUCCUCGGGGCCUUUGUCAACUCGCAGAUCCAGGGCCACAAGGAGAUGAGCAAGGUGUGGAACGACUUGAAGCCCAAGCUGCACUGCCUCUUUGCUGGACCGAGCGGUGCCCUGACGCUGCCCCGAUCCCCCCAGGAGGAUAGUCUGCUCCCUUGCUAGUGCCCACGGACUCCCCCGACUCCACUAAAGUAUAUUUCCAAAUGGCGUGUCCCUGUUUAAUUCCCACCACCUGGGGACAGGUGGGGCGGCAUCCCAUCUGUGAGGACCCGCCUGCUGAGGCCUCUGAGUGCAGCUGCAGAGGGUGGCCGGCCUGCUCUGACACCAUCUGGAGGCCAUGCUCGCCACAUCGUUCUUCAGCUCACUGCUCUGGUGCUGAGAAGUGCUGGUGUUCCCGGAGUGGGGUUUCUGUCCUAACAUCUAGGGCAGGGUGGAGGAGUUGUUUUCGCUCUGCACACGGCAGUUGGGAGAGCUGCGGGGGUGCCUUGGAUGUGGUGGGCACAUGGUUGGAGACGCUUCUGGGGUCUAAUCGCUGAGCAGGCGGGAGGAGGGUUGAGGUCCUGCACAGGACGGGGUGUCCCCUGCGGCCAGGCCUGCA